CAUCUUCCAAAAUCCAAACCCUCUCUCAUUUCUCUCUGAGAAUUUGAGAACCUUCUUCUUCUUCUUCUUGUUUCUGAAGCCCUAGUUUUCCAGUCGCAUUCAAAAUGCGUGAGAUCCUUCACAUCCAGGGAGGCCAGUGCGGCAACCAGAUCGGAGCCAAGUUCUGGGAGGUCGUCUGCGCCGAGCACGGCAUCGACUCCACCGGCCGGUACGGGGGCGACAACGAGCUCCAACUCGAGCGCGUCAAUGUCUACUACAACGAGGCCAGUUGCGGCAGGUUUGUUCCACGCGCCGUGCUCAUGGAUCUGGAGCCUGGCACCAUGGACAGCGUCAGAUCUGGACCCUACGGCCAGAUCUUCCGGCCGGAUAACUUCGUGUUUGGACAGUCCGGCGCCGGGAACAAUUGGGCGAAAGGUCACUACACUGAAGGCGCUGAGUUGAUUGACUCGGUUCUUGACGUUGUUCGGAAGGAGGCAGAGAACUGUGACUGCUUGCAAGGGUUUCAAGUUUGCCACUCUCUGGGAGGUGGUACUGGUUCUGGAAUGGGAACACUUCUCAUUUCUAAGAUCAGAGAGGAAUAUCCAGACCGAAUGAUGCUCACUUUCUCUGUGUUUCCGUCCCCUAAGGUGUCUGACACUGUGGUUGAGCCAUACAAUGCGACUCUCUCUGUUCACCAGCUUGUUGAAAAUGCAGAUGAGUGUAUGGUUUUGGACAACGAAGCUCUCUAUGACAUUUGCUUCCGAACACUGAAGCUCACUACUCCAAGCUUUGGUGAUCUGAAUCAUCUGAUUUCGGCUACCAUGAGCGGUGUAACCUGCUGCCUUCGUUUCCCUGGACAACUCAACUCUGAUCUCCGCAAGCUUGCUGUUAAUCUGAUCCCAUUCCCCCGAUUGCAUUUCUUCAUGGUUGGGUUUGCUCCACUUACAUCUCGUGGAUCCCAGCAAUACAGGGCACUCACUGUUCCAGAGCUCACUCAACAGAUGUGGGAUGCCAAGAACAUGAUGUGUGCUGCUGAUCCUCGUCACGGGCGGUAUUUGACUGCUUCAGCAAUGUUCCGUGGUAAGAUGAGCACCAAGGAAGUUGAUGAACAGAUGAUCAAUGUCCAAAACAAGAAUUCAUCCUACUUUGUUGAGUGGAUCCCCAACAAUGUCAAGUCCACUGUUUGUGACAUCCCACCAACCGGUCUGAAGAUGGCUUCGACAUUCAUUGGCAACUCCACUUCCAUUCAAGAAAUGUUCCGGAGGGUGAGUGAGCAGUUCACUGCUAUGUUCCGCAGAAAGGCUUUCUUGCAUUGGUACACAGGAGAGGGAAUGGAUGAGAUGGAGUUUACUGAGGCAGAGAGCAACAUGAAUGACCUUGUUUCAGAGUACCAGCAGUACCAGGAUGCCACUGCAGAUGAGGAAGGGUAUGAUUAUGAAGAUGAGGAGGACGUUCAGGAGGAGGCUUGAUCUUUUCGUCUGCUCUGUUUCUGUUGGGUUAUGUUGUGAAUUUUAUCUUGAUUUGUUCUUAAAAUCUUGUUUGGCGAUUGGAUUGUUGGAUUGGCCGUUAUCGCAUGCUUGGUUUUUAUUGUAGUUAUUUAGGUAGUGAUCUGAAAAUAUGGUUGGUUUACUAAGUUGUGGUGUCUUUCAUGACUCUGGUGUUCAGUAAAGAUUGCGUUAGUUAUGGUAAAA